AUGUUGUUAGGAGAAUCAGUUUUCAGUGCUUUUGCGGAGCCCCCAUCGUCUAAACCAGUCGACCUCGAGGAAUUACUCCUCGAUACCAGGGGUUCUCAUUUUGAUGAUCACGAUGCUGAUCAGGCUCUCCAUUCCGGUACGGGCCUUACAAUCUCUCCAUUUGAAAUCCACUCUUCUGUGAUCGAUUCCAUUUUCGAGGAUCCAGAUGCUCAGGCAGUUCCGAUGUUCGAGCCAAGGGAGGAUUCGUCCUCCUGGGAACCACUUUUCAAGGAGGAAGAUGAUCUCAUUCAAAUUGCCCAGCCAACUCCUGCUAUGAAAGAGGAGAUUCUGCCAAAGACAGUUGUGACGUCACCUUUAACAGAUACGGAAGAGUCCAGACGUUCAGUUUCUUGCACUAGCGAGGCUUCCACUUCGCCCAAAAAGGAUCGCUUUGGCUGUACCCCUUACACUAGAAAGAAGAGGUCUCUUCCACUAGAGCCAGUUGUUCCUGAAGGCGCUGAUGCUAUCGCUAUCAAGAGGGCUAAGAACACCGAAGCUGCUAGAAGAUCUCGUGCUCGCAAAAUGGAGAGAAUGUCUCAGCUUGAGGAUAAGUGCGAGUCGUUGAUGCAAGAGAAUGAGUCUUUGAGAUCGGAAGUUGCUCGUCUCCAGAGUCUUCUACAACGAUCUUCGUAA